AUGUCCCGUGUAGCGAGUCAAGAGGUGGAGGCGGUCAAGCACGGUGGGAUCUGUGAGGUGUUUGCGUGGCUGAUGAAUGUUGCGGCAGAGGCCAUCAGGUCCAGCAGGGAGAGGGAGGAGAAGGGGGGGGGGGGCGGGGUAGGGGCUGUGCAUGGGGCUGCAGAUGCGCAUGCAGAGGGCAGCAGGGCGCACAGGGCAGCAGGGCAGCAGGGCGCGCGGGGCGCGCAGGACAGCAGGGCGCGCGUGGCGCGCAGUGCUGCGGGGCGCGGGGGGCGCGCAGGGCAGCAGGACAGCAGGGCACGCGGGGCGCGCAGGACAGAAGGGCGUGCGGGGCGCGCAGGGCUGCAGGGCGCGCGGGGCGCACAGGACAGCAGGGCAGCAGGGCGCGCGUGGCGCGCAGGGCUGCAGGGCACGCGGGGCGCGCAGGGCAGCAGGACAGCAGGGCGCGCGGGGCGCGCAGGACAGCAUGGCGCGCGGGGCGCGCAGGGCUGCAUGGCGCGCGGGGCGCACAGGGCAGCAGGGCAGCAGGGCGCGCGGGGCGCACAGGGCUGCAGGGCGCGCGGGGCGCGCAGGACAGGCAGCAGGACAGUAGGGCGCGCGGGGCGCGCAGGGCUGCAGGGCACGCGAGGCGCACAGGGCAGCAAGGCAGUAGGGCGCGCGGGGCGCGCAGGGCUGGAGGGCAGUAGGGCGCGCGGGGCGCACAGGGCUGCAGGGCGCGCGGGGCGCACAGGGCAGCAGGGCAGAAGGGCGCGCGGGGCAUACAGGGCUGCAGGGCAGCAGGGCGCGCGGGGCGAACAGGGCAGCAGGGCAGUAGGGCGCGCAGGGCGCACAGGGCUGCAGGGCGCGCGGGGCGCACAGGGCAGCAGGGCAGCAGGGCGCUGCAGAUCCCCUCCCCCCAACUGCUGCACCCGCAGCAGGGGGAUGGAGGAGAAGGGGGGGGCUGGGGGGGGAGGACUGGUGCUGCAGAUCCCCUCCCCCUCCCUGCUGCAACUGCAGCAGGGGGAUGGGGGAGAAGGGGGGGGGUGGGGCGGGGGGGGGCUGAUGCUGCAGAUCCCCUCCCCCCACUGCUGCUCCACUAUCCGUCACCCCCCAGGGAUGGAGGAGAAGGGGGGGGGCGGGGGGGCUGGUGCUGCAGAUCCCCUCCCCCCCACUGCUGCACCCGCAGCAGGGGGAUGGAGGAGAAGGGGGGGCGGGGGGGGGGGGGGGGCUGGUGCUGCAGAUCCCCUCCCCCAAACUGCCGCAUCCGCAGCAGGGGGAGGGAGGAGAAGGGGGGGGGCGGGGGGGGGCUGCAGGGGGACGGAGGAGAAGGGGGGGCGGGGGGGCGGUGCAGGGGCUGCGCGCAGCCGUGAGAGGGGAGGAGGCGUGGCGGCAGCUGCUGCUGCUGCUGGCUUGGUGACGAAGCAGAGCAGCGGGGCGCUGGAGGAGAGGGAGGAGGAAGUUGGCGGCAGGGACGACGAGAAGCAGGGCAGCGGGGCCCCCAUUGUUGCGCCUUCACCUGACUUCGCUGAUAUCCCGCGCAGUCGUAACUCGGUUCGACGGAAUCUCUUGUCCGUCGUUUACUCCCUUCGAGAGCCAUGGCCGCGCAUAACUCGUCCGACUUCCUUCAAGGGGCCCUCGCCCUCGCCUGCACGCUCCCCCCUCCCUGCACCGCUUGCUCUCCGCGCCACCUCCCCCUACCCGCUCCGCGACCUCCAGCAAAUCACCGAGCGCCACGUGGCACUCGCGCGCCAGUUCGCACUGGGAUUCGCGCAGGAGGUGGCGGAAGCCGCGCUGGACCACCUUGCUGACGUGUACUAUGCGCUGAUGCUGGUGGGGGAGCGGCUCCGCCUCCCCCUGCUUGGUUCCCCCUCCGCCUCCCCCUCCGCGGAACCCCUUCACCUGCUCAUGAAGCAAUCGAACGCCCCGUUCGCCGCCGUGAUUCCCGGCGAUACUGUAGCGGAGUUGGUCGUUACACAGGGAAUCUACAGCUUCCUUAACCUGUACAACACUGUGCUUAUAGUGAGGAUUCUCCUUACCUGGUUCCCCAACGCCCCAUCCGCCAUUGUCAGCCCCCUCAGCACCAUCUGCGACCCCUACCUGAACAUUUUCCGAGGGUUAAUUCCCCCUAUCGGGGGAACCCUCGAUCUAUCCCCGAUUCUGGCCUUCGUGGUGCUCAGCGCGUUCACCAACGCGUCUGUCGCCCUGCCCGCGGAAAUGCCCGAGGGUGAGGCUCCUGGGGGGCAUGUGUCAGGGGCAAGGGGCGGAAUGCUGGGCGGCAGGCGCAGGCGGCCUGCGAGGCUCACGCGGGAGCAGAGGGAGAAGAUGCGCGUAGCGUCGAGAGCAGCUGAGCAGGGGCAGGAGGCGUAG